CUAAAAACUUUUAGUUAGGGAAAGAUAUUUUUAUCGUGCUGUAUGAUUUCCAUUUGGUAAUUUCCUCUAGUUUAUUGCAAACAAUAAAAUAGGAUGACAUCUACUUACCGGUUGCGCGUGAGAUGUGCUGGACCCAACUCAGUGCCUCUCAUUGACUUCUUACAACCAGAGUCAACCUUUGAGAACUUACAUCAGAUUUUAUCCUCAGCUACAGAAAUUCCUGAGCAUCAGAUCAAAAUUUUGUGUGGUUAUCCUCCUAAGCCAUUGAAGGGCUAUGAAUUUUCACAGCUGAAGGAAGUUGGCAUAAAAAAUGGAGAUGUUCUCAUUGUUGAGAAGAGAACAAGCACUGACCCCAAACUCUAUUCUGAAGGACCUCCUCAAACAUCUGUGGUGUCUGAAUCAAAACCAGAUGCUACUGAGCUACCCAUAGCAUUGGAACCUAUUGAUAAUGCAGCCCAGAAUUGUAUAAAUACACCUUCUUCUCCCACGAGAAUUGGUACAACUGAAAUUAAUGGUCCUAUGGCUAUAAACAAAGUUUGUGAAGAAUCUGCUGAAGUUUUAGACGCAGCCAAUUUAGUGCAGCAAACAGCUCAACCAAGUAAAAAAGUCUCAUCCAUCCCUAAAUUAGACAGGCAAGAGGAAACUACUCACAGUAAAGCACCAAAGCGAUCUGCUUCUGGUAAGAUAAAAACUGGACGUGCUUCUGAGACGAGUGUGAUGCUGCCUCCUGGAAGCGCUCAUGGUGUUCUGCAGAAGCUUGAGGUUCCUUCAGAUAACUCGUGUCUUUUUGCAUCAAUGGUUUAUGUGCUGCACGGAAGCAUCUGCAGUUCACGGGUCCAGGAUUUGCGUCGUGAGGUGGCGGAGGCCGUGCGGAUGAGACACGACCUUAUCCCUGACGAGGUGCUGGACAAGCCACGGGCCCAGUACUGCGCCUGGAUCAUCAGGGACCAGAGCUGGGGAGGCGAGAUAGAGCUGGCCGUACUCAGUGACCUCUACGCCGUUGAGAUCGUCACUGUUGAUGCCAGAACUGCUAGGAUUAACAGGUUUGGGGAGUCCUCCAAGUAUCCGUUGCGCGUCUUCCUCCUCUAUGACGGCAUCCACUAUGAUCCUCUGCACAUGGAAUCUCCGGUGGUAAACGGCAUGUAUUACACGUCGUUUUCGAGCAACGACGAUGCAAUUCUGGCGCAGGCUUUGGAGUUGGCAUCGCAGGCUCACGCCAGUGGCAGCUUCACCAACACCGACAACUUCACGCUUCAGUGCGGCCAGUGUGGCCUUAAGCUGCGGGGUGAGACGGAGGCUGUACAGCACGCCAAGUCCACGGCACACACUGCCUUCGAGGAGGUUAAGGCCUGCUAGUCUUCAAAGACUUUAUACAACUGAAUAUUACAACGUUUAAUCGACUUACAAACGAUGGUAUGGUACAUUAUUAGAUGAAGAGUUUCGAUUUUAGUAAAUUCUUCCACGCCUGGGAAAUAUACUACAGCUUAAUUUGGAAGCUGCAUCAUGAAGGCCUAAGAGAACUGAUUUUCCUGACGCCUGUGGCGUCUAUGAACAUUGAAAUAAUCUCUAAAUUGAUAGCCUUACAGUUUCCGAAUACCGUAAUUUGUAAUAUACAAAAGUGAAGUUCAAAGAAAGUAUCAGUGUACUUCCAGCAUUAAGUUACCGAUUUAUGUAGCUUUUUAAAGAGGGCACCAUUUCUCUAAUUUAUUCUGUUUUUUUUUCCAAAAGUGUUAAGUUAUCACUAGUGCAAUGUAAUAUCAAUGCAAUGUUUAGUCACGAGUAAAUCAUCCGAUUCCAAUAACGCCAUCCGCGCCUCUAAGAAAGAAGAAUUUUGUUAACCUCUUUUUUUUCAUGACCUUUUGAGCAGCCUUUAUGGUGUACCGAGACCAGCUUUGUAUUGGAAAUUCAUGACAUGAUGACUUCUUGCGUUGAAUUCCUAUUCAGUGAGUGUAAUACGGAAAUAAUCGGCAUCGAAAUUCAUCACUUCAGUAUAACUGAUGCUUGAAAAUCUGAUCUCAACUUUUAAAGAAGCUUCUGGUCUGCUCAUUUUAGUGUUAUGCGUACUUUAUUCGGUAUAAAUGGAUGAAAUUUAUUUUGCAUCUUGUUUUAUGUUUAUUGUUUGCUAUAUUGUAUCAAGUAAUACUGUCGAUUUAAUUGGUUCUUGCAACUUCAGGUUACCUUCGUUUCUUCCAUGGAAAGUACAGAUACUUUAAGUUUUUUUUAGUGUCAAUAAGUUACUCAUAAGUUCAUCUUUUCAUUAAAAUUAUAAACUCGUUCUUACCUCUAACUUAUUGGUUUUUAAUUUAUAAAACGUUUUGAAACUGUUUAUGUUUAAAAUCAGCUUGUACUUCCUUUAGGUAUUAAAUUAUUAUAUAGUUUCUAGUAGCUAUAAGCGGUGUUACGAACGAUCGCGUUAUAUUUUUAACUAUUAAGGAAUUACGAUUUUCUGAUGUAGUUAUCCCGAUGACUCGAAGAAAGCUCCACAUUUAAUUUCCAUAAGACGCGCGUACGCUUUUGAAUGAAAAUUAUGAUUUAAAAUUUUCUUCAAUGGUUUAUAACUCAUCUAUAUUAGUGGAGGAGAAGCCUUCACUGAUGUUAUGAAGGCAGGCAGGGUAGAGGCGGCCACAGCGCCAUAGAUGAGUGAGUUAUAAUGUCCGGACGGGGAGAAGGAAUGAUGUUAUCCUUUCUUAAGUGUGGAUCAGGAACUUCUUUUGAUGUACUCUGGUGCUGCAAGAAGUAUGGUUAAGGGAGUGAUCCCUUAACGCACGCGGCUGGGAGACUAGGCUAAAAACUGCCAUGUCGUAGCCACGUCCAGAAAUGUCCUAGUUAUCCAGGCAGUCGUCGACGCCAUCAUUGUCAUGAAGUUGGUGAGAAGUAGCUCCGUCCAGCUGUUUAUUUUCACCCGGGAGGCCGUGAGAGCUCCUAUCGACGACGCAGCGACUCGUCUCACCCAUAGCUGAGAAAUGAUCGACAGGGUCGAAGCCGUUUUAAAGCAACGUGACUAGGCGAGGCUUGAGGUGGUUGGAUCAAACGGGAUUAUGACGAUGCUAGAAUUAAACAUAGCCGCGCUGUACUGGCCUUGCACAGUUUCUUGAUGACGUUUUGAGUAAGUGUGUUUUUGUGCGCCCACUACUGAGCCACUAGUUUAGAGCAGCGCACAUCUCUUUAGCCAAACGGAAGUUCAGCGCAAAUGAAUCUCCAUUGCCGUUUUUCACACUGCUCCACUGUACCUGAUAAUGGCUACUCUGUCUGUUCUUCACGACAUUAUUCAUGAUAUCCAUUUAUGUAUGUCUAUCUUGAAGUCAUGUCUACGUAUGUCUAUCUUGAAGUCAAUGAGCUCAGAGUUCAAGGCAUUUAAUUGAAUAACUCUUGUUCAUAACUUGAUGUUGUUCAUUGUAAGGUGCGCUCCGCCUCACUUGGGCCUCAGGGUUGAGAAGCUGCAUCUAUUGUCCUUGCAAUCUUGGGUGGUACUUAUAGGACAAAAUGAGUGGUAAUAUGACUCGGGUUUUUUCAUAAUAAGAAGACUAACACUACGAUAGUCAAAUCGUCUGUAAAUUUUAAAAUUUUCUUUCAAUGACGACACUUUAAAGAAUGAUAAUAAAUAAAUUAUUGUAUUCUGACUGCUAAAAUUACGCAGUUUAUUCUUUUUUAAUAGACUCUUUUAUAAAAAUGUCAAAUGUAAAUCUACACAUACGCAAAAAAUAUAUAUAUUCUAAUCAUGCCACAUGCUAGACUCUUGGAUUUCUCUAACCAGCCAUCAGUUCAGUUGCAGGUCUGUGGCUACAUUUUAUAUGAAUCUGCUUUUGUGUUAAAAUGAAUUCAUGUUACAACUCUUAUCCUCAUCCUUUGUCCGUGAAUACAUGAACCGUUUAAAUCUUAUACGUCUCUACAGACAUGCUACAUAGUUCCCUUCAGUGGAUGAAGGGUUUUAUUGAACCCACCUAGCCACCUGCGGUUACAUAUAUUGUGGCUUGUGUCAACGGGUAUAUAUUUAUAAUGUGUAUUGAUUGGUCUGAAAAACGAUUGAAAAUCACAAGAAUUCGUGUAGCCCAUACCAAAGCGUAUUAUUCUGAGGUAUUUUAUAUGUAUUUAUUUCACGAUAAGGCGUGUGUUAUCAAUUUUUCUUAUGUAAUAAUGUAAUCCGGUAAUCAGCUUUCCAAUUUAUGAAAAACCUCUAUUUUAUAAAAAUUGGUUUCAGCCAAGAUUAUGUAUUUUAAACACGCUGCAUGAGAUUUAUUCAAAAUCAAAAGCUUAACUUCUCGUGUAAAUUUUUGAGUCUCACUCAUGCCGCCCUGGACGUUAAUUUUAGCACUCUGUCAAGAAUGAGUUUUCAGAGAAAUUUUCAAUAUCAAUGCACGAUAAUGGUAAUAUUGAUGGAAAUAUUCCUAUUUUUCGUUACUUUUAUGUCAUUCGCCGCACUAAUACACUUUUUAGGUACUCCCUUGCAUAAAAUUACAUACAAAGCAUAAAUAUUCUGAUAUUCAUAAUUAUGAUGAAAUUAUUUUGUUUACUCAAAUUUAUCCGUUGCUGACAUCGAUACUUGCCCCAAAGUUCAUAAUUAUUAUCAACGACAACCUCAAUGUUUGGAGACAUCCACAUUUGUGUGUUCAGAGGCUUGCUAACCUCUCAAGUGACGCUUGAUGCUUCUUUGACUAAUGAUUUUAUUAAGAUUUACAUUUAAAUAAUUGCUCAAGACUUCCAGCUUUAGUGACUAUUUAAUAAAAGAAGCGUCACGCUUCGUAAGGUCCAGCUGUAUUACUUGACCUCUGUUCGGGAAAUUAGUUUGUCCGGUCGUGUUUUCCGGUCGUGUUCUGUAGUUCGUUUACUUAUUUUAGAUGUAGGUAAAGGCCAGGAGAUAAGAUCCCAGUGCAUCGUCAACGUCAACACUUGUGACAUGGUGUUUUUUGUCUUUGCUUCGUUAAUUUUUUUCUAAGACUAUGCUUAGGCUAUAUCCCAUAGGAUACAUCAAGAUUUUUAUAAAUUUCCAUGAUAAGACUUUCCGCUCUCAUUCUGCCCUCGGCCAUAAUGAUCUCCAAACUGAAGCUAAUUAGAAUAAGUUCAGAUUUGUUUUCUAUACAAUGUACGUAAAUGACAAAUAAAUGUCCAUCUCGAUGAUUUGUCAGUGGGCAUUUCUGAACAUAAAUUUCAGGAAAAAUAUUUAACAAAUAAAGAAAUGGAUUGAUUCCCCAAGGAGAUGCUAAUGUUAUUUCAGCAUCUAGGGGCAUUCAUGGUCCCCGGGCACUCUAAAAUGACUACAAAAUUUCGCAAUUAUGAUUUCUGAACCUUUCACCUCUUCAAUAAAUUGACUAUCUACCUAAUGGAGUCCAAUGUUUACUGCAUGCAUACCGUUGAACGUGACUUAAAUACUUCAAUAGAUUGUUGAUUGACCGAUAAAUUCAAACAAUUGGGUAAAAAGAAAAUGUAUUGUUUGUGGUCAUUUUUUGCAUUGAUAUCACAAUUUUUGCUUCUUAAGGUUGAAACUGAGUUCUUCACCCGAGACCGCAUCCUCAGCCAAGUUUCUCUUCUUGUGUUGGGGCGACCAGUACUUCAGGCUUCCAUUUUCGAGGGUUACGAAGAUAUCAGAGUUAGGAAGGUAGACACUGUCGAACACCUCGACUGUUUUGCUGCCUUGCAGCUCGAGCGCCGAGUGAGGGAACAGCAUUUUCUUGUUCCUGUCGAAACGCAGCGUUCUGAUACAUGCAUUUACGUGAGUCGAAAGUCCCAGGUUAGAGCCAAACAUCAAAAUAGGGUCCUGAGUUUUGGUGUAGUUUAAGGAGAGGAAAUGACACUGUUCUGGGGUGGUACGCCUCAUUGCUUUGCAGUAUUUCUUGGGCUUGAGAUCAGCAAGAGGUUCCGUGUCUUCAAUAUCCCAAUACUGAAUUACCUGAGAAAAAUUAAUUGCAAACAGUUUACUUUCGUGAUCUUGGUGGCUGUCCCAGAUGAUCGAAUCUGGAGUCGUUUCAAAAUUAAUGCACUGAGUGAAAGCAUCGGACUCUGAUGACUUCGAAACAUCAAAUAUAUUGAUGAGGUUAUCCAUAGCAGCCGAGGCUAGCUCAGCUCGUUUAUAAGGGUGGAAGUGAACUGCAGUCACAUCGUCUGAAUGACUGUCAGCGUACGCCCCAAGAAGCUGUUGUUGUUUCCUGACGUCCCAGAAGAGAAGGUAUGCAUCCUCAUUUAUAAACGUGGUUCCAGUGCAAAGAAAUUCUCCAGUAUUAUUCAAGUCGAGGCAAGUGAAUGGCAUCCCCUUACCACCCUCAUUUUUGUACUCAUAAGUGUGCUCAAACUGGUUGCUUCUCAUGUCCCUUACUUUCACUGUACCAUCCACACUGCAAGAAUAAACUAUUUUGUUGUU